UCGAGUCAUUUAGUAGCAUUCUUAAGUUCUAAGCGUUUACAUGUGCCGGGCAUUUUAAUAAACGGGACGAUCGUAUCGCGGCGAGUAGUGCUCUUUCCGAAGACGCAAAUUCUAAAGAAAUUAAAUUGUCCAAGUUUUCAUUUGUUUGUUUGAUUAAGUCAAUCAACUUUGAGAAAGAAUUUCAAGUGCUUUGUCCGCAGCGUCGCAACGUACAUUGUGUGAAAACAAUUAAAUAUAUACAAAAUUUAUCAACAAAUUAGCAAAGAAAAUGUCCUCAAAUAGUGGCCAAACAAAAGAGCUGACACCUCUGACAAGGGCUGCAUUGCAAGUUGUAGCCGGAGGUUCAGCCGGUUUUGUGGAGGUUUGCAUUAUGCAGCCCUUGGAUGUGGUAAAAACACGAAUGCAACUGGGAGGUGGAGUGCAUCAAUACAAAGGUGUUUUCGAUUGUUUUGGCAAGAUGUAUCGUCACGAGGGAAUCUAUUCCUUUUGGAAGGGUAUUCUGCCACCAGUUAUAGCAGAAACUCCAAAGAGGGCCAUCAAAUUUGUAUGUUUUGAACAAACCAAGCCUUUAUUUCUUUUUGGAGCCCCAGCACCGACUCCAUUGACCUUCUCAUUGGCUGGUUUAACGGCCGGUCUUCUUGAGGCCAUUGCAGUGAAUCCUUUUGAAGUUGUAAAGGUUGCCCAACAAGCAGACAAGACUAAAAUGAAGGAAGCCCAAAGCACUUGGACUGUCACCAAACAGAUCAUUCAGAAGGAUGGUUUCGGGUUCCGUGGCCUCAACAAGGGUGUUACGGCCACAAUGGGCCGUAAUGGUGUCUUUAAUAUGGUCUAUUUUGGAUUCUAUCACAGUGUGAAAAAUAUUGUGCCCGCCUUUGAAGAUCAUACCAAGGAAUUUAUACGCAAGGUUGUCAUUGGUUUUACUUCCGGCACGUUGGCCUGCUUUGUAAAUAUACCCUUCGAUGUAGCGAAGUCUCGCAUACAGGGACCACAACCUCAACCUGGAGUUAUAAAAUAUAAAUCAACAUUUGGUUCUAUGGCUUUGGUGUAUCGCGAGGAAGGUUUCCGGGCACUCUAUAAAGGUUUAGUGCCCAAGGUAAUGCGUUUGGGCCCAGGUGGUGCCAUCAUGCUGUUGGUAUUUGAGUAUGCCUAUGAUUUUUUGCAACAGAAAUGUUUGUGAAUGCAUCCUUUCCCCACUGCCAAGGAACAGCAUGUAAGACUUGAGAAUAAUUUUAUAACAUACUAAUUUUUUUUUUGACUGUACAUAUUGUUUAUGUAUUUUUUAAGGCGAUAUACUUAUACAUUUGUAAUUUUUUACUGAAAUAAAGUAUUUUUUCGAAACUGGUUUUCCAUAACAUAA